AUGGCAGGUGUGCUGAAGAAGACCACUGGCCUUGUGGGAUUGGCUGUAUGCAAGAGUCCACAUAAGAGGCUAAGAAUAUUGUACACAAAGAUCCUUGAUGUUCUUAAGCGAACUCCUAAAAAAGCAGCAUAUAGAAAGUAUACAGAACAGAUUGCAAAUGAGAAGCUGACUAUGGUUAAAGCAGAACCAGACGUUAAACAAUCAGAAGACCAACUUCAAGGUGUUCAAAUAAAAGAGGUGAUUCUUCAGGUUGAAAAUGAACUAAGUCUGGCAAGAAAAAUGAUGCAGUGGAAACCAUGGGAGAUGUUCAUGAAGGAGCCGCCUGCCAAUCAAUGGAAAUGGCCAAUGUAAUUAAUAAAUGACUGGUGGGUUGAUGGGAAACUGAGAUAAUUAAAUAUUUUGUUAUAUUAAGAGCAUAUCCAUAUUAUUGACAUUUUAUGAUCAAGAAAAGAAAUAUAGAAAAUAUUUAAGAGACUUAAAAUUAGUGAUUAUGGUAAUACAGUCUUGUGAAUCAAUUUUUGAUUUAAAAAGUAUUCACACAAAUUAUUACAAAGAUGAUAUUUCUUAGAACAGAGAGGUCAUGGAAAGAUUUGAAAAUUAAUUUUAAAAAAUCCUACAGAUCUUCAGUGCAGAGGUCAUAAUCCAAAAGUAAAGUUUCUUUAGUAGUAUCUUCAAUACAUCAUUAAUUUUUUUAUCAUCCUGAAGAAGAAAAGGUCCUUAAUUAUUAUUGUCUAAACAAAUUUAUAGAUCACUGUUUAAAUAGCAAGAGUGAAUAUUUUCAAAUGUGAUAAAAUAGCACAAGUGGCUGGUGAUAAAAUUUGAAAUUAUAGUUAACCUCCUUAACUGUGAUCUUACGUAUGUAAAGUAAAAUUUAAGUAUA